GCGCUAAUUUAUUGACAUCAACAAUCGCACGAAACGGGACACACAGACAAAAAGGAGCUCUUGCUUGCCAGCUUAACGCCACCGCCCACCUCUGUUUCUCUUUCUCUUCUUCUUCUUCUUCUUCUUCCAUGGAAAAGAUUUAAUUUGACUUAACUUAAUUUACUUCCCUCUCUCUUUCUUCUCAUCUUCCCCUAUUUUCAACUCUACCUAAUAACUCAAGCUAUGAGUUUAGCUUCUGUUAUCCAUACUAUAAAUACAAUUCAACCUCCUCUCUCUCUUACUCUUAGGGUUUCACCUCCCAAAUGUUCCCCCAGAUUUCACUUCUCUCCUCCUCAUUUCACUCCUCUUCUUUCCCUACCUCACAGACUCCCUUAUCCAAUUGCUUGUUCUGGAGGCGCUCAACAGGACCCUGAUUUAUCUACCUCAGAAGCUCCCCAUUCUGUGGAUAAACCAGAGGCACAUGGGAAUUAUACUACCUCCGUUAAAACUGUUGCUUUUUGUGUCUGCGCUGCUGUGGCAUUUGGCAUUGGUAUUGGUUUCAAAGAUGGAGUGGGUAAAGCUUCCGAGUUUUUUGCGGGGUAUAUAUUGGAGCAAAGUUUGUCAGUGGACAAUCUGUUCGUCUUUGUGCUGAUUUUCAAAUAUUUCAAAGUGCCACUCAUGUAUCAGAAUCGGGUACUUUCAUAUGGAAUUGCUGGUGCAAUCAUCUUUCGUUUGUCAUUAAUACUACUUGGAUCAGCUACUCUCCAGAGGUUUGAGGCUGUCAACUUAUUCCUCGCUGCAAUACUCCUGUACUCAUCUGUCAAGCUAUUUGCCAGUGAAGAUGAUGAAACUUCUUUAAAGACUUAUGCAAUUAUUUAAUCAUCCCAUCUUUUUUUUGAUAUUGCAGCUAAAUAUGACGGGAAUCGCUUCUUUACAAAUGAGGAUGGCGCAUGGAAAGCCACACCUUUACUUCUCACAGUAGCAGUUAUUGAGCUCAGUGAUAUAGCAUUUGCUGUCGACUCAAUUCCUGCUGUCUUUGGUGUUACAAGGGAUCCUUUAAUAGUUUUUACUUCUAAUCUCUUUGCCAUCUUAGGUCUAAGGUCGCUUUACACUCUUAUCUCUGAAGGCAUGGCAGACUUGGAGUAUUUACAGCCUUCGAUUGCUGUUGUUCUAGGCUUCAUCGGGUGUAAAAUGAUCUUGGAUUUCUUUGGGAUUCAUGUGUCAACCGAGGCAUCUCUCGGUGUUGUGGCAACAAGUCUUAGUGCAGGUGUGGUAUUGAGUUUAUUGAAGAAGUCUGACUAGUAAUAGACGCAGUUGAAGUACACAGAAACUGUGUGGUUCAUAACACAGCACAAGCAGCCAAAAUGCGCCCCUUCUUUACCCCUAUUCACUGUUCAAAUAUCACAGAAGAAAUAAUGGAUUUUAUUCUUUUUUAAAUAAAAAGAAUUUCUUAUGGUGUUUCAGUGGGAACUCAUAAUUGAUUUCUUACAUGUAAAAGAAAAUAUUUUUCUUUUUGAGACAAAACAAUAUAAGAGUGAGAUACUAGUAGACGACCUAUGUGUUCUGUUUGAAACGUCUACUUGUAAUGUAUUUAGUUGAAAUAACAUCAGAGAUUCUUUUCUUGCA